GUUCUUAAAACUUUGAAAAACUCCUGCGCCAAAGUGACAACCAAGAACAGCAGGGAGAGUUAAAAGUAACCACCGCCAGUUUUCGACAAUCCAAAAAGUCCAGAGUGUGAAAGGUCACACUCACUCACAUUCGCCAUUUGCAACCAUACAGACCUUUCACAAAACUGAGACACACUUCACAACAAAUUCAAUCUUUCAGGACAUCCCGCACAAACAAAAUAUCUCUCUCUCUUUUCCAAAUAUCUCCGGCAAAACCCAUUUGCCGGAAGGCUGAUUUCCGGUGACUGUGUUGGGGAGAAUGGCUGUGGAGGCUGAGAAAUUUGGGUCCGACGGGAAGCUUUGGAGUCUGUGCAAAAGGCCAUUUUGGCAGUCAAGAAAUGCUGCUCCUCCUUCUUACUCUUCAUCUUCUUCUUCGUCUUCGAAUUUGUCUUCUAGGCAUAAUGCUCAGCAGCUUAGUCGGAUUCAGGAGUCUGUGGAGCGUCCGACGCUUUAUUCUGCCAGUACGGUGUCGUAUGUGGCCAAGUCUUUGCUUCCCGCUAGGAGAAGGCUCCGUCUUGAUCCUCCUAAUAAGCUCUUCUUCCCAUAUGAACCUGGAAAGCAGGUUAAGAGUGCUGUUGGGAUUAAAAACACUUCCAAGUCUCAUGUAGCUUUCAAGUUCCAAACAACUGCACCAAAGAGUUGUUACAUGCGUCCUCCAGGGGGAAUACUUGCUCCUGGUGAAAGUCUUGUUGCAACUGUAUUCAAGUUCGUGGAACCUCCGGAGAACAAUGAAAAACCAGUAGACCAGAAAAGCAGGGUUAAGUUCAAGAUCAUGAGCUUAAAAGUGAAAGGAGAAAUGGACUAUGUUCCAGAAUUGUUUGAGGAGCAGAAGGAACAAGUCGUUGUUGAGCAGGUUUUACGUGUUGUUUUCCUUGACCCGGAACGCCCUACCCUCGCAAUGGAAAAACUCAAGCGGCAAUUGGCUGAGGCCGAGGCUGCUCUUGAGUCACGAAAGAAGCCUCCAGAAGAAGCGGGGCCCCGAAUUGUAGGAGAAGGACUGGUCAUAGAUGAAUGGAAAGAACGGAGGGAAAGAUACCUAGCGCAGCAGCAGGUCGAAGGGGUAGUCGAUUCAAUGUAGAAUUAUGUUCCCUUCUGAUUAGAUCAUUUCUUUCUCCAGUGUGGAAGUUUCUAUAUGUGAUUUUGUAUUGGGUGUGCCCUCUUCAUGUAUCUGGAAGAAAGUUGAGCAUGUUCUACUUCUACUAACAGAGCAGGCAGGCAAGGGGUAAAUGGAAGCAUGUUUUGUUGUGGAUAGGUGUAUCUGUAGAUAGUGUAAUAUUAUGUUUUAUUCAUUGCUUUAGAAAUCUGAA